UGUAUUUUCUCUAUUUUUAUACAGCGGAAGGCCGGAAGCAACCCAGGUUUUUUUUUUUAUUUUAUUUUUUGAACCCAGCUUGGGGAAUAAGAAAAUUGGGAAUCAAGAAUCAUGUCUGCGGAAAAGUCUGAUAAAGUCCACAGCGAUGUGCUAGCCAGUGCGAGACAAGCUUGCUACAAGGCACGGGAUGAAUUCUACGCUUGUUUGGAGAGAGAAUCUGGCAAAGUUGCCUCCGAAUGUGCUUCCGUCGGCCUUCUCUAUCCCGCCGAAUGCAAGAAAUUCAGGGCUAAUUUCGAGAACAGUUGCCGCCCUGCUUGGGUGAAGCACUUCGACCGGCUACACUGCGGAAAGAAGAGGACUCAAAGAUUAUUGGAUGAUAAUGAGCUCAGGAGAGGGAAAUUGAAGGCUUCAAGAGCUCUUUUGAUCAUAAAUAGAAGUUGUGUUAAGGAACUAUUUGAGCUCUUAAUCAUGGCUCAUUGUUUUUUUUUUUUGGUACUUCCUCAAUUUUUUUAAUAUUGCACGGUUGGAGUUGGUUAUAGUUUUAUUUGGUAAUGGAAAAAAGGAAGAGAGAAAGGUAAAAAUUUGAAAGUGACCAUGUGUUAUAAGGUAAUGGUAUAUUAGGUAUUUGUAAUGAAAAAAAGAGAUGUUUGUUUUGGUUUUUUUUUAGAUGAUGCAUCCCUGUUCAAACAUGUUCCCUUCUCUCCGAGUAAAAAAGUAAAUGAGCUCAAUUUCAAACGGGGAAAUCCCUAGUGGAAAAUUGUCUCAGAUUUCGAGUAGUGUAAUUUUGGUACCAAAAUUGCAUAUCUUGAUAUCAAAAUACCAAGUAAUCACACUUUUGUACCAAAAUAAAAAAUAAAUAAAAAAUUGUA